UGUCAUAAAUUUGAUAUGAAUGAUUUACCAAGUAAAAUCGAUGAAUCUAUGCGAUGUAUACUACAAGCUAUAUUCAUCAUGGAAACGAUUGGUGUACCAGAGGACAAUAUGUUAUUAAAGAAUGCUUAUGUGAUAAAAGCAAAAAUAUUAGAAGAAACAGCAGAACAAAUAGAUCUUAGUAAUGAUAUAGAUGAAAUAGAGGCACAGUGGAAGUUUAUGAUAUUAAAAGAAGCUCAUACCUAUCAUUUAAAUAGAUUAAACAGUAUUAUGCUAUCAGUUGGAGAACACUCUGUGCUUGCAGCAAAAGCAUACAAAUCACUAGGAACUUUUUAUUUAAAUCAGGAUAAUUUUUUGCUAAGUGAAGAAGUAAAUUUAAAAGCAGUUGAAAUCAGUAAAUUAAUUUUAGGUGAAAACCACAUUGAAGUUGCUCGACCUUUAAGGUCAUUGGGUAUUUUAUUUUUAGAUUAUAUUCACAAUUUUCAACGGGCUGAAGAAUGUUUAUUGCAAUCAUUACAAAUUUAUAAAAAUGUCAAUGAUACCCCUCCAUUUCAUGCUUUAAUGUGUAAUGAGUUCUAUCAAUAUUUGGAAACGGUGGAUUCAUUAUAUGAAGAUUGGCAUUAUGAUUUUUAUUUUGAAUCAAUUGAUUUGGACUGUGCAAAAGACGAUUUGAGUAUGGAAAAGUUUAAAUGCAUAUUAAAUGGUUGUAGUUGUGCUCAGUAG